CACGUGUGUGUGAUUCGUCGAGAACGAGGCUCGUCGCUUCAAAUCCUGGCAGUGAUUUCUGUGUCCGGAAAUCGCCGGAGGGCGGCAGAGUAGCCUCGACCGAGAAGGGAGAAGUGCGCGGACACUCUUGUGUUUUAGCGAAAUACCCGAAAAAAAAAAAUUAUCGUCAGCGACACGGUUCUAAUAAGUCUUCAAGGAUGCUCUCUACGUGGAAAGCAUGCUGUGGUCGGCUGCCACAACGAUGGGUGUUCGCUAUCAUGGGAUUUCUUGCGCUCCUGAACGCCUACACUAUGAGAAUCUGUCUAUCGAUUACCAUCACGGAGAUGGCGCAUCCUAUAAAGCACAAUUUUGAGGACGAUACUUGUGGCUUCAGGAAUAAAACUGGAGAUUCCAAUAACACUGGAGAUUCCAAAGAAACAGGACGCUACGAUUGGGACGAACGCACACAAGGCCUCAUUCUCUCAUCCUUCUACUGGGGCUACGUCCUCACACAUCUGCCGGGCGGGAUAUUGGCGGAGAAGUUCGGCGGCAAGUACUCCGUUGGCCUCGGCAUCCUGUCGACCGCGAUAUUCACGCUGCUGACGCCGCUGGUGGUUGAAUGGGGCGACUGGGUCGGCCUGAUAGUGCUGCGUAUCCUCAUGGGUCUCGGCGAGGGCACGACCUUCCCGGCGCUGAACGCCAUGCUGGCGCAAUGGACCCCGCCCGAGGAGAGAUCAUUGAUCGGCUCGAUGGUGUUCGCCGGCGCCCAGCUCGGCACAGUGAUCGCCAAUCUGGCGUCCGGCUUGAUCCUGCACUCCUACAGCUGGCCCGCGGUCUUCUACGUGUUCGGCGGCAUCGGCGUGCUGUGGUUCGUCGUGUGGGUGCUAAUUUGCUACAACAAUCCGUACGAGCACCCGUUCAUCUCCGAGCGCGAGGUCAAGUAUCUGCACGAGCGCAUGAACGAGCACACUCACACGAAACCGCCGCCGAUACCCUGGCGACACAUGCUGCGCUCGGUGCCGCUCUGGGCGCUCAUCGCCGCCCAAAUCGGCCACGAUUGGGGCUUCUUCACGAUGGUCACCGAUCUGCCUAAAUACAUGAGCAGCGUGCUCCAGUACCCCAUUAAGGACAACGCUCUCGUGUCGGCGCUGCCUUACCUCGUCAUGUGGUUCUGCAGCUUAGCGUCCUCCUGGCUGGCCGAUUGGAUCAUCACGCGAGGCGUAAUAUCGCGCACCAACGUGCGGAAAAUCGGCACGACGAUCGCCUCCAUCGGCCCGGGCGUCUUCAUCAUCGCCGCCUCCUACGCCUCGUGCGACCGGACGCUCGUGGUGGCCAUGUUCACCAUCGGUCGAACUUCCGCAGGUACCUUCUACCCCGGCAUGAAGGUCAACGGACUGGAUCUCAGCCCCAAUUACUCCGGCACCCUGAUGGCGAUAGUGAACGGCAUAGGCGCCUUCACCGGCAUCAUCACGCCGUACAUCGUCGGCGAACUGGCGCCGCAGCAGACGCUCACUCAGUGGCGGCUCGUCUUCUGGAUCGUCUUCGUCGUCUUCAUCAUCACGAAUAUCAUCUUCGUCGUGUACGCCAGCGGCGAGGUCCAAUACUGGAACAAUCCAGACUUUAUUAUACGGGACAGAGAGGAGAGGCAGUUGCGCAAGGCGGGGAAGAAGCAGGCGUCGUUGGAAAAAUCAUAAAACCGUCACCCUUCCGCGCUUCCCACCUUCACGGCGCCCGACGAGUCGAGCGCUCGCGCUUGACGAACGCGAGGGUUCUUCUUCCGAAAAGAGAAACACAUCUCACGCGAACGAUUAUCCUUUUCGACAGGCGUGUUCUCAAGGCCCGCCUAUCGUCCCGCCAACGAUUCCCUAAACAAAGAUCCGCGUGACGAAAAGAAAUAAGAUGCACAUCGUCAUCUCCCGUGCGUUAUCCUUGAGUAAUGAUUUAUGCGCGCGGUAUUAAGUCGCGCCGCUCAAACGCCGCGAAGACACGAAAAUUAACCCGCGCGAGCGAAUUUCAGGCGAGCGAGCUUUUUGUUGUAAAAGAAAGAACUGUAGAUUAGAUUUAAUAACGGUUGUAUAUAUUAUAAAUUAUGAACAGUUAGCCCUUGGAUGUAUUAUAUAUUGAGAUUAUAUGUUACAGUAUUCAUUUUUCUUUUACAAUAUUUCCAAGAUUUUUUUAUCAAGUAAAAUAGAAAAUAGCAAAAGAGCCGGUUGUUCAUGCUAAUGGUUUUUUUGUUCUCUUCUGUUUGAUUUAGAUAGAUUUUAAAUUGUUAAAGCCUUAAUUUUUACUUCUAUUAAAAUUUUCCUGUUGAGUUUUCUACUUUACAAGCUUAAUGAUUUAUGCAUUCAAGCAUUGAGUAAAUUUAGUGAAUUUAAUUAGUAAUUGCACGAUUCAUCAGCUUAGUUUCGCCAUCAUCUCGCGAACGGAGAUCGCGAAAUAAGGGCGAAUUGAAGUAAUCGAUCUCAUCACAGUCUCCGACGAUUCAGAAACAAGAUUCCUAUCGCGAAAGAGCGAUUGAUCGUAUUGGUGAAUUAUUGAUUCAUCCCAUCACGCACUAGACGCGGUUAUUAUCAAACGGUUCAGGAUGCGAAUGCGAAGCUUGUCCCAGAAAUGGACGUAUUUAAUCAACUCUUUCAAUUCAUACAAAUUGAUUCACUUUAUAUAAUUAAACAACCGAGCGACAGUUUCGACAAAAUCGUCGAAGACCUGCCGACAACCGCAGACUUGAUUAUGUAACACGCAAGCCGUUUUCUUUCCUCGCGAUCGCUCGUUAAAUGUUACGCCUAAUUACACGCGUCGUCGCAUUACCGUUGUUACGUGGAAAUGUACUGAUUAUGCGUGCGCGUGAUUAUGCGCCUUUUUAACAGUGCGAUUCAUUCAAUCGUAUUUUAUCGAAAAUCGUAUGCAAAUUGCGCAAAAACAGAUGAUGCGAUAUGUAGAUACGCCUUGAAUUCCGACUACCAUACUGUAGAUACUAGAUAUAUAUAUAUAUAUAUAUCUCUCUUUCUAGUUGUUCAAUGAUUUGCGAAGUGUGUAUUCACGCAUCAGAUAUCGUGGAAUGAAUUGACGAGUUUUAUACUCACUUUCUUAUACGUUCUUAUCGCAUAUCUGGCAAGGUUAACAGAUGUAUAUCCUAUAAAGAUAUCGGACAGACAUGUAAUAAGGCGGUUUGCAAUUUAAAUCGCUAAUUUAUGACUUUAUAAUGUUUUUUACCAGUUUAUCAAUUCAUCAACGAUGCGCGGCGCAUUCCACAAACUUGUUCCGCAAAAUCCAGAUCGAUCCAGCUCUAUCAGGUACUAUCCGUUAUUGUCAUCUUCUUUUCACCGUUCUCUAUAGUUUUGCCGAAUUUUAGCUGUCCUGAUGAGUUGCUGAAAAUUUAUUUAUUAUGACAAUUAAAGUGUUUUGAGAAAAAAUGUAAAUAAAAACAUCAAAAAAAAAUUUAUCUCAAUAAAAUCACGACGCACUGCAUUUAAAAGCAUA